GUUAUAAAAAGUGUUUUUAUCAUGCACCCUUAUUCAAAGUAUUGUUAUCCAUGCAGUUAAGAACCAAGAGGAUUGUUCCACGAUGUUCAUUAUCAUCUCGUGAGAGUGACUGCUGCUGUUUUGUUGAUAUCACCGUUUUUGAAUAACAAUGGAAAAUAAAACAUGAAUUAGAUAAUCUACUCUUACUAUGGUUCAACAAUCCAUCCUCCGGGAGAAGAUCCAGUUCUACGAACUUACAAAGCCUAGCAAUGAUCGAGUUUUUAAGAGCUCAUGUGAUUGCUAUUGAUGCAAUUAAAAUCCCGACCGUCAAUUAUCGAUUUUUGUAAAGUAAAGAAAAUUUAGAUGAUACAUCAAAGCAAAUAUGCCUGUUUUACGAUGUGCAACGCUUGAUACUUGCACUUGAUGCCGAGUUUGAGAGAAUAAAAAUUGGUUGUAAUGUAGCCACCUAAACCAAUGUAAGAAUAUUUAUUCAACUCACAUACAUACAAAAGGGCGCGCGCGCGCGCUCGCGAACUGGAACUCAGAUCGAAACUCGGGCAGUUUCCAAAUACUACCCCCUUCUCUGGAAUAAGAAGGUUAAAAUAUACGAAGGGUAUCGCGUUUGAGAAAAACAGAAAUGGAUGCAGAUGUACACAAAGAGUUCAGCGCUAGUUGUUCCUAGUUAGAUAAUAUAGUUAGCGAAGAUACCUUAGCACAUUGACGUGUGCUAACAAAUCUAGUCAAAAGAGUAACGUCACCAUCCAAAUCAUCAGUAUAUUCCAAAAAAAAAAAACUACAUUAGUUUACACAUAGAGCACUCAGUGUGUGUAAAACAUGCGGAGAAAUUUGAAGAUUUUCUUGGUAUUAGCGGUAACAUGGAUUCUGAUUGCAGUGUACUAUUUCGAAGGGAGCCACAAGAGUCGAAACCGUGCACUGAGACUGCGCGAACAUCGGACGGCUUCUUUGACACAACAGUUGUCGUCCGCCGACUGGCAGCAGCAGCAGUACGGUCCAUCCACUUCACCUAAACAAAAUGUUACAUCCAACGCAUUGUUACACAUGUCCUUGCCUCGGCAUACGUGGGACUAUUUUGAUGAAAUGGAAUACAUACGGAAAGGCAACCUACGGCAAGGAGAAGAUCCAUAUUUGCGGAACCGUUUCAAUCAACAAGCAAGUGAUAGUUUGAAAAGCAAUCGAGAACUUCCCGACACCCGGAAUCCCAUGUGCCGAAAGGAAUGGCCAAGUAACCUUCCACCCACCAGUGUGAUUAUAACCUUUCAUAACGAAGCACGAAGUACGCUUCUGCGAACGAUAGUCAGUGUCUUGAAUCGAUCUCCAGAACACUUGAUACAUGAGAUUAUUCUAGUAGAUGAUUAUUCGGAUUUUCCAGAGGAUGGCCAGGAGCUGGCUAAAAUCCACAAGGUUAAGGUGAUAAGAAACGAAAAGCGUGAAGGUCUGGUUCGUUCGCGUGUUAGAGGUGCCGACGCAGCAACUGCAUCAGUUCUAACGUUUUUAGACAGCCAUUGUGAGUGCAAUGUAGAUUGGCUGGAACCAUUGUUAAUAAGAGUUAAAGAAGAUCCUACUCGUGUAGUAUGUCCUGUGAUCGAUGUUAUUAGUAUGGAUACCUUCCAGUAUAUAGGAGCUUCUGCAGAUCUACGGGGUGGGUUUGAUUGGAAUUUGGUGUUCAAAUGGGAAUACUUGAGCAUUUCAGAGAGACACGAGCGCCAGAAAGAUCCAACUACACCGAUCAGAACACCAAUGAUAGCUGGUGGUUUAUUUGUGAUAGAUAAGCCAUAUUUUGAGAAGCUGGGAAAAUAUGAUACUCAAAUGGACAUAUGGGGUGGCGAAAAUUUGGAAAUCAGUUUCCGUGUCUGGCAAUGCGGUGGUAGUCUGGAGAUUAUUCCAUGCAGUAGGGUCGGCCAUGUGUUCCGGAAAAGACAUCCGUACACGUUUCCAGGCGGUGGCAGUGGCAACAUUUUCGCCAAAAACACUAGACGUGCCGCUGAGGUAUGGAUGGAUGACUACAAACAGUAUUACUACGAAGCCGUUCCUUUGGUGAAGAAUAUUCCAUUCGGAAAUAUUGACGAACGGUUAGAAUUGAAAAAGCGACUUCAAUGCAAACCAUUCGAAUGGUAUUUGGAAAACGUAUACCCGCAGCUGACCAUACCAGAACAGCAAACCAAAGGCAGCUUACGACAAGGACCCUACUGCAUGGACACCUUGGGUCAUCUUGUAGAUGGCAUCACUGGUCUCUACCACUGCCACGAUAGCGGAGGUAAUCAAGAUUGGGUCAUCACGAAAAAAGGACAAAUCAAACAUCUGGAUCUUUGCUUAACACUGCUGAAUUUUACUAUUCGAUCGCGUUACAACGUGGUGGUGCUAAAGUAUUGCGAUGAAUCUGCGAAUCAGCAGUGGUACAAAAGAGAAGGCGGACUGAUCCAACAUAGCAAGAUAAAUGUUUGUUUAGACUCGCGUUACGUAAAAGAGAAAGGCAUCACUGCAGAGCGAUGCAACUCGGCGCUCGAAUCGCAGCUUUGGAAGUUUUCCACCAAGUGAGAAGUGCAACAACAAAAUAGCAACAACAAAAUAUAGGCCUGGUUCAACUAACUCCCUUGGAUGUGUUUCUUAUUAUUGUUCAGCUACUGAGAGUUAAGAAAGUAUAGAAUUAAUUAUGAAAGUGAAGCUAGCUAUAAAUACUUUAUAAUCAAUUAAAAUAUACAGAAGAGUGCUUCAAAGCGCAACGAUAGCAUCGUGAUUGUACAUUCCAAGUAAUGAUUAGGUUUUACUACCAUCCAUAAUAAAAUCUUUAAGACAAUUGUAA